AUGCUUGUGUCACCUGAGCCGACAAUUACAGAUAUGUGUAGGCCACAUCAAUCUGUCAAAGAGUCGGGAAAUGGUGACAUUACAUUGCGAAAUGAUCUAGCGUCCCAGGCCCCUACUCAAUCACCGCCAUCAAGAACCAGGAUUCCAAGGGCGCUAUCCCGACUACUACCGUACAAUCGUCCAGGCAAUAGAGAACUAAUUCCUUCCCAACGGCAAAUAUGCUCCCGCAAUGGGGAGAGGAGGGAGAUCUAUCUGACUUUUCCUUUGUUUGGCUUUUCCGUCAACUCUCUCUCUCUCUCUCUCUCUUUCGCUAAUUUUUCUACACAGCUACCGCUAUCUAUGUCUUUCUUUUACUUUUUCUUUUUUUUUUCUUCCCCGCUGAUUGCUGUUUAUUCUUGUGAUAGGGUAAACUCAUAUAUAUUGAUUGAAAUAUCAAUCUAUCAUUGUCAUUAUCUAUCUAUCUAUCUAUCUAUCUAUCUAUCUAUCUAUCUAUCUAUCUAUCUAUCUAUCUCAGUUCUCUUCGUAUCUAUCUAUCUAUCUAUCUAUCUAUCUAUCUCAGUUUAUUCAUAUGUAUACUUAUCAUUUAUAUAUCCCGCCAAUGAGAUUGAACUGCUUAAUCUAUUUUGCAUUUAUUAA